AUGGAGAGUAUCGGAGGCUCGGCAGUUCUGUCUCUGGCUCAUGUCGUCGUUGCAGAUGUGACGGUGCACUCGGAGCGCGGCCAGUUCCUGGCGCCCCUGCUGACGGCUACCAACAUCGGGCCCUGCAUUGGACCGAUCAUUGGCGGCGGAGCUGUACUCACCGCGGGGGACCGAAGAGGGUGCUUCCGGGCGCUGUUGAUCUUCGGUACGUCGGCCAUGCUGCUCAUUGGCUUUGCAUAACCCAAAACCGGACGCAACGUGGUGGGAAACGGUGCUGUACCGGCCAAGGGUCUUUGGAAGACGUGGUGGAGUCUAUUGUUGGCUUGGAAGAGGGAGAGAAGUGGGCGGAAUGGGGGGCAGGGGCCAGGACAAAUGUCUUUGAUGUCGAGCAACAAGCCACAGUCCCAGUCUCAAAGAGAAGGGCAAAGCCUCAGCGGAAGAGCGACCCAACAUCAACACCGGCAAGACCGGCCGGGGGACAUUCACCAUCCCCAACCCUCUCCCACCCCUCCGCAUCGUCUUCCGGCCCGACAGUUUUCUGACCCUCUGGCUCGCCGGCUGCCCGUAGGGUUGUGGUUCUGCGUCCAAGCCUCGAUGACGCCCGUCUUCACCCACACGUACGGCCUGUUUGAUGCCGCCGGCUGCAUCCUAGCCGUAGUUGCGUUGCGGAGAUGGGGACGUGGUUGGCGGGACAAGCGAGUGAAGUGACUCCAGAUCAGAGACGCAGAGACGCGGAUAGACUUUAGAGUUGCAAUGUGGAGCUGAAGAUGAAUACGGAUACGACCCCG